AGUCCUGGCCAUAUUAGGAUUUUUCUGAUCCUUCAGCUCUAUUAUGGUAACAGAUUUUGGGACAUUAGGGAAAAAAAGGAAGUGGGGUGAGAUUGCAGCCUGUAUAAUCUUCAUUGGUGUUUCUUAUCCUGAAAAAUAAGCAUUGUAAUUGUAUUUUCUAUGUGUUUUCUUUGAGUUAAUGGAAUAACUACAUUCGUGCUCAUAAUUAUUAUUGAGAUCACAAAAUAUAGAAUUAAAAACACAAUUGGAAUCAAAUGCAGCUACACAAUCAUACAUGAACAAACUUUUCUGAACUUAAAAGAUUCCAAUUCUGAAUUUGGGGAUACUUUUUAUAGCCAGUUUUUUUGUACACUUAAACCUCAAGGCCACUGUAUUUUAUAUGGCUGUUUUUCCUGAGCAAAACUCAGAUCUCCUUUUGUGAGCUGCUUUCAGCAAAUGAAUAUUGAAGUCUUUCCAGAGGUCGAAAAAGGAAGAUGUUUCUGUAUUCAUGUAGUCUUCAACUUAUGACCACAAUUGGAACCAUAAUUCCAUUGUUAAGCAGGGUGGGUUUAUGUGAGUUGUGCCUGAUUUUAUGACCUUUUUUUCCCCAGUUAACGAAUCACUGCAGUUGUUAAGUGAAUCAUGUGGUUAUUAAGUGAAUCCAAUUUUCCCUGCCAAUUUGGUUUCUUGGAAACUGGCUGGAAAGGUUGCAAAAGCAGCAACCCCCUGAUCCCAGGAUGUGCAACUAUAGUAAAAACAUGCUGGUUACCAAUCACCUGUAUUUUCAUCCCAUGAUCAUGGAGAUGCUGCAACAAGUGUGAGUAUGAGGAUUGGUUGUAAAUCACGUUUAUUCAGUGCUGUUGUGACUUCAAACAGUCACUAAGCAAAUGACUGUAAGUCAAGGACUACCUGAAUUCCAAAAGGAUCCUGGAGUAUCCGGGUGUGCAUAUCAAUGAUGACCAUCAAGCUGACGAAAUGGCAGGUGUUUUUUUUUUUACUUUUGUUCCUCUUUUCAUGCUGUGUGCAGUCUGCAACCUGCCACUUACAUUUAGCGGGUGCUUUAGUAUUGUUAGAUUGCAGACUUACCUUCCAAAAACCAAAUUUUAUUGACAGACAAAUUAAGGGAUUAUGGAUUUAUGAGGGAAGAAAUAACUUCUUAUCUACUAGGCUCUGAUUCAGCCAAACACUUCCUUGUGUUUAUCUUUAAUUGGGUCUUCUUGGUUAACAAUGAGUUCAACCAAUUACACUGUAAGAGUAUUAGAAUGUGCAAAUUGCACUUCUGAUCUUUCUGGAUUAUAUUGCAUGACAAUCUGGGUUGUUUUAGAUAUCACACCAUGCCCUCUAGACACAAAAUACUAUUUUUCUCCCUCAGUUAAAAUAAAAAAAGUAAUUUAGACAAACCAAGAGUAAUACUUUGAGUUGACUUUUUAAAUAAAAUAUUUAAACUUAGUCUAAUUGAUUAGAUAUUUUAAUUGCUUUAAUUUAUGACUGUUGAAGAUUUUAAUAUUUAAAAUAUGCAGUAGUUUAGUCAAAAGGAAAAAGAACUGCCUUAUUAAAUAGUGCAAUAUUGGUUUUUACUCAAAAAAGGGCUAACUUUUUGAAAUUAAAUUUAAGCUACUGUGAAGAAUAUUAAUUCAGUGUGUAUUAGAAAGUCUAUAUAGACUUGAACGUUUAUGAUUUUAAAUCAGUGUAAUAAGCUUUCCAAAAUAUAGUCUUUCCUAAAAGAUGUGACUAACUUUUGAAUAUAAAUGCAAUUUGCAAACCUUUUUUUAAGACAGAGUUUUACUUUCAAAUUUUGAUUUCCAGCAAAUUUUUCUUGCAUUUGCAUAUGACACAAAAGCUAGAAACUCUAUUAUUGUUAAAAUAGCAGAUAUUCUUAUACUAUUUGUUAAAAAUUGCUUUUGGUCCAAUACUGCUGUUUAGGCAAUGUGAAAUUAGUUUAAACUUUCCUUAAUUUUUUUCUAAAUGUACAUCAUAAAAUGAAUUUUAUACCUAGAAAAUCAUUGUUAGAGUUUAAUCAGCACUGUGAAUUAAUCUCAAUUUGGGAAUUUACUUCUGGAUUUUUCUCCAUUUUUCUGAAGAAAGAAACAACAAACAGUCUUUGUCUACAAAAUAUAUAAAUUAACUAAAGAUUAUAGGACUUUUAAGAUUUUUUAAAAAAAUUAACCAUGGUUAUUCUCUGGAAAUCAAAUACUCUUCAUGAUGGAGCAACUUCCAUAUCUCCAAACAGUUUGGUCAACGUUAGUUGCUUGUACCUAUGAUAGAUACUUCUGUAAGUUAUCAAAUAACAAAUUAUUUCACUUCAAUUUUGGAUUCCCAUUGUAAGCUAUGAUUAUGCUUGCUUCUUUAUAGCCCUUAAGCACUUUCAGUGUAUAUAUUCAUGAACUUUGACUGAGCUGUGAAAUUAAAAUGUCCUGUGGUGUGAUGAAGAUGGCAGAUCUUUAAGUAGGCUACUAGUUUGGCAGUGAUAAAACACAAAAGUUAGUGUUCCUGCAAGAAAUUAAAAAAUCCUAUGAACUAGCAAAGCAUAACUGUACACUGCACAGUGUUAAUUUGCAGAUGAUAGUAAAAAGUGGCAAACUGCCCUCUCUUAUGUCUUUUAUUAAAAAGUAUUGAUGUUAUUUUAUGUUAUAAUUUAGUAUAUUAUUAUUAUCUAAAAUGUAUUGAGUCAUCACAUUUCUUUCUUCUAUUCCCUAUCCUUUAAACCAAACAUUAUUCCAUGAUUUAAUAAGAUUUGUAGUUUAUCUGUAUGAGUACAGUAAACUGAUGAAUAAUUGUAAUGAAGGACAAUAUCAAAAUGUUAUUUCUUGAAAUGGUUUCUUUGAGAUAUUUGUAUCAGUUUAUAAGAGAUUGUGUCCUCAGAUCAAGUUAGUUUCAAUAUUAGAUGAGUCAAUCUUGUGGAACUUAAUAGACAUAGAUGAUCAUGUUAUUAGCAGCUUCCAUGGAAUUUAGAAAGGGAAGAAUGUGUUUUUAUCCAAUCAGCAAUAUUUUUUACUAAAACCAUUACUAAUAGGUCAUCUUUGUUAAUGUUUAAUGUGUAUCAGUUUGGAACUAGCAUUAGCAAGAAUUAUUAUUAGAUCUUAUUAUAUACAUAAAACAAAUCAUGAUAUUUUGCAUUAAGUUUCAGUAACGAUAUGUUUUUUCAGGCCAAAGAUCAGUUAUUCUAAUAAAAGAGAUAGGGUCAAAACAAAUAUGUCAGCAGGUCAAACUAAAAAUUAAAUUCUCCAUGAUUUUAAUUUAUAGUGAAGUUUAGUUUUAUUUAAUAUUGAUCAAAUGAAUAAAUUGUUUAAAUAAAAACAUAAUCAUAUAUAUUAUAUAUUUAAUAAUUUUCCCUUCUAUGUAGCAUACUUCUGGAGGACUUCUCUAAACUACAUCCCAUUUCAUAAAUGUUUGUUUGUGAAGCCAGGAAGGACUAUUGGAUCAUACUGGCUUCAUUUCAUUUCAUUCUUGAUUAGUUAAUGGUCCUUAUUAUAUACAAAAUGAGCAACUUUGGGUGGAUGGUUGUUAUUCUUUGCUAGUGUUAAAACUCAUCUCAUGGGGUUAUUGCUGUGGGAAAGAUAGGAGGAGAAAUAUUAGGUAUAUUUGUUGCCUUGAGUUAUUUAUAAAAAUAAUUCACAUUCACAACCCCUGAUCUGAGUUCAGUUGCUUUUUUGCUUUUGAAAGACGUGGCAGAUUCAUAAACAUGGACCAAGGUUGGACCAAGGUUGAACCCAGAGGUAUCUGCAAAGUAAUCAAAGGAUUACAGGUGAUGAAAGCUUUAUGGCACUGUUGAAAUUUAAGCUUGGCUCUUUCUGUACUUACAAUUUGACAUUCAAUGCACAUUUGAAAAAGGCAGGGCUUAUGUUGCAAGAGUGCAAUGCUGCUUUUGUCCAUUUGUUGAAAAUUUUGGAUUCUGCAAAUACAUAUAGUUGAGAAUCUGACAAGAUCAAUGGACCAUACAGAUGGUGUUAAGUAGAAUAGAAAAAACAAUUCUAUAUAUGGAAGACUAAUUAUAUUCAUAUCUCUUCUUUAUAUUUCAUGCAUGGCUUGCUUUACUCGUUUUGCCAAAGUUUUGAUAACUUUAUGAAAUCAGAACCUAAUUUUUGACCUACUGUUGACAAAUGUGCAUUCUAAUAUAGAGGAGGUUUUUGUCAAAGUCAGAUCUAUCGGAUAUUUGUGAUAAUUCCUACUGAAACUGCUUUUUUAUUUAAAACUGACAGUGUUAAUGAAUAUUACAGAGGAACGUGGAGCAUGUACAAAGAGGUCAAAAAAUGGUGACAGUGCAAAACACUGCCCCUUUUUCAUGGCACACAUGUGACACACAUGUAAAGGGUGAAGCAUCGAAGAGUCAUGCCUAAAAGACUCAGCAAAAAUCCCACAUAAAUUGGUUUGAGGAUUUUAUAUUAAUUAUUACAUUCUUAAAACAGAAGCACUUAGGUUAUUUCAACAUGUUAGACUAAAAGGUUAAGUGUAGCCAAUAUGAUUCAGUUAGUUUCUGCAGAUAUUUCAAAAUGUAGUUCUACAAAUACGUAUUACAUAGUAAGUGUUGGUUUUUGUGAAUGAAUGUAUCUGCAACUGCACAUCAUAUAUUUUCAUUUUUAACAUGCUUGUUUUGCACCAGCUCUGCGUUUGUCUAAAAAUCUAUUUAAGGAGAUACUUACCCAAAGUUAGCUUCCAAGCAGAAAAGGCCUAGGUGUGGCAUUUUGUUUUAAGAUAAUAUAACUAAGAAUAAUUAAAUACAUACCAGUCUAGGUGCAAUUUGCUCUAAGUUCCACUGUUUGUGACAGGAAGAGUAACAAAACUUUUCCACUGCUAUUUAUCAUUGCUGUUUCACCAUAGCUAGCAUAGUAGGCGGUUCUAUAUUUUAUCCGUUCUUCCCACCAACUCUAAUAGAAUGCAUUUAAAUUUGGAAAUUCCUAGGCAAGUAUUGGACUACUUUUUGUGGAUGUACUUGAGACUCUGGAUGGGGAGGUAUACAGCCAUUUGCAUUACCCCUGGUGUUCCCUAGACCCCUAGUCAGGAACUGCCAGGAGAAAAUCUGAAUUGGCAGCCCAUUCCAGCCUAGCCUCACAGGACCCCUUAAAAGAGUAUCUUGCAGAGAUUAAGCGCUCUUUGGGCUGCUUAGCCUGCCUCCCAGGAGGCAUGGGUUGGUUUCUUUACAUAUUUGCUGAAAUCAAUCCUCUAAAAACCAGGCACUCUAUAUCUUGGUUGGAUUUUAUCUAAUAUUUGUAAUGAAUUGUCAGCUGCUUAAGUGCAUCCAGUUGCAAUGGCUGUCAAAUUGAAAGUGAUUAUGAAACUUCAACUCUCUGAGCCACUCCUUAAACUCAAUCAAAUUAAACUUUUCAAAUGCCUCGAGCCAAUUGUUUUGUAGUCAGUGCGUUGUAUCUAGAUAAGCAUGAGAGUUGAAAUGCAAUCAUUUGAAGAGUGGAGCCUGGAGAUAAUGAUUUUCCUGAUGUAAUUAUUUUUCAAUUAAGCAACAAUCCUACCAUGCUGCUUUAUUUUAUAUACAAUUAUCUAAUAUUUUGUUAACCUGAUUUUGAGAAAUACUUUUUAAGAAACCUAGGAACUGUCCAACACAGGAAGAAUCAUCUCAUUCCACUAUGGCUCUAAUUCCACAUCAUAAUUCAUUUGUUUCUGAUGGCUGAGAGGAAUCUCAUUGCACAUUUGCUGUUGAAGGGCUGGGUGUUGAGAUAGCAUGCAGACAUCACUAUCACUAGAGGGCUCUUUCAUAAUAUAUUUUACCCCUGUGCCAGGGGAAUGAUUUCUAGGUAGGCCUUGGAUUAGAUUCAAGCCUACCUCGAAGGAAAGACUGGAAGUGAUUAAGUAGUAUUAAGUUUUUAAAAAAAUCUAUCUUGGGAUAACAGCAGCCUACCUCCAGUACGACAUGAGGACAGAUGGCAACUACUCGGUAUGAAUGCUGCAAACUUGUGUGUCAGCAGAAGAAUUGGCAGUACCAAGACAUGGAAAAAAACAUUUCAGAACUCAGAUCACAGUGCACGCAACUGCAAGCAUUGCUCUAUCGCUUAGAAGAGAAAUUAUCAAUGAGCUCCCUAUCUCCACAAGAGACUAUUGUUAAGGAACUUAGUGAGGAAGCUGAAAAAUUAAGGCAGAUCCUCAAGGAAAAUGAGCUUUCAGCUGAUGAAGAUAAGUAUUUGCUCAACAAGAUGGCAGAAGAUUGUGGACAUCUGACAAAGGAGAAUAGUCUUUUACAUGCUCAAAUACAGAAAGUUACCAAGCAUCUAAACCAGGAAAGGCAGCUGAGAGAGGAGGAGACAUCUUCCUAUUCAAGAAGAGUGUCUGAGUUAGCAUCAGGAAGAGAUAAAACAUGGCAACUUAAGCGGAAACUCACCCACUUGAAGACCCUGUUACAAAACCUAAAACAGAAAGUUCUUAAAGCUCAGGAACAGUUACUUCAUCUACAAGAAAGAAAAUCUAUGGAUCACAAAAGGCAACAUCUUCAUACACAACUAAUUGAUUUAGAAAAUCAACACACCAAAGUGGAGCUGGAAAAUUCUAAACUGAGAAGAGAGAAAAAUCAUUGGGUGGAACAUAUUUCUCAAAUACACAAACAGAUUGCCGAAAACCACACGGAAAUCAGUUUUCUGCAUGACCAUGUUUAUAGCUUGUCGUGUGAUCUCAACAACUUGAAAUCUGAAGUUAAUAUGGCCUCUAUUCCUCAGAAGGAAAAGUGAUCUCCAAUAUAUUAACAACAAACGGUAGUUCAAUGAACUAAUAAGUUGAAAAAUAAUUAAUUUUUCCCAUAUAUAAAUAUCAUUCUUGGAAAAGUUUCUUUAAAUCAGGAAGUUGUAUUUUAUACAUGGUACUAUUUUUUAAAAAAAUCUUAGAGAAAUAUUUGAAGAUAAACUAGUUUUUUUGCUUUAGAAAAUAUUUUAAGCAUUUGUAUAGAUACAAAUAUUAAAAGAAAUUGUCACAAAUUAGUACCAGUGAAAAAAUAGGGCUUGCAUGGUAUUUUCAACAUGAUUAUGUUCAGCAUACAACAAAUCUGUGCAAUGUUUUCAUGAUCAACCAUCUCAAAGAGAAAAUGAAUUACCUUUUUUAAAAGUCAGAAGACUUUCGAUAUUCUGCUUCCUAUAAAGGAUCAGAUUCAUCAACUCUUCACAAUAUCUCUAAUGGUUAGUGCCAUCUGAAUCACCCCAUUCAGCAGACAUUGAGUCCAAAUUAACCCAUUUAUAAAGAGGGGAAAUCUAAGCCUUUUGUUUAUGGACAGCAGUAUGAAGAGAAGAGCUUAGUGCCACUUACUGUUCUAUGUAUUUUACACAAUUCUUUCUAUAAGCAUCAAUUCAAUAGAGAAUCUAUUACUUAGCAUAGCCAUGCAAAUAAUUUGGCAGGGCACUUCAAUUCCUACAACUUUGCAAGCAGGACUAUAUCAUGCUAAAUAUUCUGUUUGACUGCUUCAUAGAUCUUCUCCUAUUUCCUGUUUUUCUUCACAGGUGGUUUCAGCUGAUCUUUUGUGCACACAAAUGCAUGAACUAUCAAGCUGAGAAAGGGUUUAUAUUAAAUCAUUGGGUAUUACAUUUCUGUUCAUUUGGCAAGUUGCUACGAUUGAAGCUCUCCCUGCCCCAGCCCUAAUUAAUUGCCUAGCCGUACUACUCCUUUUAGCAGUUCUACUUGAUCUAUCUGCUAAUGAACAAAACAUACAUGAUUAUGAAUAUGUCAAAAUCUAGACAAGAGUAUAGAAAUUAAGACUGCUGUUUGGGAUGCAUAUUAAGAGUUCCCAGGUUAUUCUGGCAGACAAAACACAAUUUUUCAAAAAAAGAUAGUGAUCCAUGAUUCAGAAUGUUCAAUUUAACAAUAUUUAGCAGCGUCCAUAUCCAGUUAGACAGAUCUGGUGGAUUUUAUCGUAUACUUCUGCACAAAUUGAAGCAUACCAUGCUCUAUUAGGUGCUAAAACAAUACACAUUUACAAAAAGUAUUUAAUAUAUUUUAAAACGUUAUAAAGCCCUGCAGACAUGUAUAAAAGAAAACUGAGAUUCAAAGGGGGUUAUAUAAACUAAUUUGAUUGAAAAAAAUAAGUGGGUAAGCAAAUUUGUGAUUUUAAGGCUAGUAGCCAGUCUAAGCAAAGCAUAAUGCCAUUCUUAUAAAGCUAUAAACAAAGUCCAGAGCUAAACUAAGGCACAUAUCCCUUAGGAGAGGGAGACUGAAGAGGUACCAUCUACAUUUUUUCUUGCAGUUUCUUAAAUUGUAUUCAGUAAAUAAAUUUUAAACUAUGGACUUUAUUUUAUUAUGCUUCAUAUAUUCACACGUAAAUUUUUAAAUUACUAUAUUUUGCUUUAGUUAUGUACAUUUUCAUACCAUAACAGUGUAUUUAGGAAAUAAAGCUUGCUUAAAUAAACAUGCUACUUGCCUGAAGCUAUUUUGGAAAAUUGCUUAAUAGUAGCAAUAGUCCAAAUCCAGCUUCAACAAAGAUACUAGAUGGAUUGGUUUUUAAUAGCAAUGCAGAAUGUAACCCCCAGAAAUCUAAGCCAAUUUGAGGAUUGACGUGGAAGUUAGGAUUCAACAAUAACUUAUUUUUAAUCUCUGGUUUAUAAAGAACUUUUCCCAAAAUAUAAAUUACCAAUAUUUUUCUUCCAAUUGGUCAUAACCAAUAAAAAGAUCAGUGUAGAGACAACUACCACGGGGUAUCAGUUGUUUAAAUUCAACAGUUUUCCUUGAGAAAGUAAUUUUGAUAAUGCUUAUGUUUUGUUAAAGGAAUAGCCAAAAUGCCACACUUAAGAUGUAACUUUAAAAAAAUCCUGACUAGAGAUGCAAAAUGCACAAUAAUUUAUCCAAAGCCAACAAAAAAUCCUGAAUAUGUCUACAUAUUUUUUUAAAAAGAUAACCCGAAAAAAUCACAACAAUUCUGUAGUGUACCAAGUGUAUAUUUCAAUUUACUGCAUUUAAUCUAACAACAGAUUUGGUCAUAAUUUACCAGAUAUACACAAAUGAUUUAAGUAGCAAAAGGAGAUUCGGUUUCAAGAGAGUAAGUAAAAUACAUUAAGAAUGGAAAGCCAGGUCCAGUUUAAGCAUUAAGUGAAUAGUAUGUUAUAAUAAAGCAGAUUUAGGUGAUUUUCGGACAAGAUAGGUAGAUCAAUUGUAAACUAUUUUAUGGGGAAUAAAUGGGAUGGAAGAAAUCUUUAUACUAUAACUUACAUAUUCACAGAGCAGAACAUUUACUUAACGUUUAAAAUACUUCCCAUUCAUAUUAUGUUUCCCCACUAUUUUCUACUUUGGACCCCAACAGAAUUACACAUAACUCAUUUCAGUCUAGAAGAGAAUAAGAUGUUUUCAG